UGGUCUCGGGCCAAUGAUCGAGGGUCUCGUUAAGAGAUACAGAGUGGCUGGGGUGGCACCUCCUGAGGUGCUGUAUGUCGACCGGGACUGCUGUGGCAACACUCUUCUGAGGAGGCAGUUUGAAGAGUGGGAGCAGAUGUCCAUCCGGCUUGACAUCUGGCACUUCAUGCGGAGGAUAGCUGUGGGUUGCACAACAGAUUCCCAUCAGCUGUAUGCAACCUUCAUGAGUCGCCUCAGCCACUGUAUUUUUAUGUGGGACGAGGAUGACCUCAAGGCCCUGAAGCUGGCAAAGCAGGCAGAGAUGGAAGCUGACCGAAGGAGACCAUCGGAGGCCGAUGUGAUGCGUCGCAUCAGCAGAAGCGAGCUAGCCCUACAUUGCAGAAGAGCAACACGUGGGACGAGGGAGACUCAGGUUCUGAUCGAAAACCACAUCCAGGCCUUUGACGGAGCUGCUGGUCGAAACACACUGGGAGUGCCUCUUAUCAACUCGGCUCGGAUGCAGGAGAUCUGGAAGUCCCAGAGGAAGCAUGUUGCAUGCAUCCAGGAUCCUCCAGGUAUACAGCUGUACACGCAGACAGGAACCCUGGUGAAGGGAGGGCACCGUCUGCCAACUUACCGCUGUGCCAGAGGGUCCACGUCGCUGGAGUCUUUUCACCUGCAUCUGAACAGAUUCAUCCCAGGCACGCUUGCAAGUGACACCUUCUUCCAAGCCUAUCUGUUGCAUGGCCUUGCAAGGUGGAAUGAGGACCGGGCUGUUGCAGCAACCACUGAUGGGCAGCCGCAGCCGUAUUCCUACAGCCACCUGCUCCGACAUGCUGCAAAUGUUCUUGCAGAGGAGGUUCUGGGAAAAAAGAUCGUCCCCUACGUCGAACCAACAAAAUACACUGAAGAGCUUAUUGGGGUAGAAUACCUCUACCAACAAACCGGGAAGGUUCUCCAGGACUACAAGUUGGCCAUCGAGGAAUCAGAGACCGCUGAUGUGGUUCUGGAGGUGGAGGAAGACUGUGCUGAAGCUGAGGAGUUUCAAGACAUCACUGUGCCCACCUUUGAAAAAGAGCGAACACCUGCUUCCGCCUCACAAGCAUCAGCUUCAGCAGUGCCAGUGAUGACACCUACUCCAACUCCAGCAACCAGCUCUGUCCCAUCAGUGUCUGUGAUUCCUCCAGCACCAUGGCCAUCUCCUGAGAGCACUUCUGUCCCGGCUCAGUUGAUGCCAGUGAUGCCCUCAGUGAUGCCAGAUGACUUGGACCAGGUAACGGUGUCUUCAGCACCAGUCGACUCCACUUCACAUGACAUAAGAAUCACUCUUUUAAAUGAUUCUGUUGGACCUGACAAUAUCCAGGGGUAUGGAGCAGUUCAGGACCUUGCAGAUUUUUUGCUUGGCCUCAAAGACCAGUGGAGACGAGUGUGCCCAGGUCAUUACCCUGUGGCAGGCAUUAGGGGAAUAUGACAAAAAAAAAACAGUCUAUCAAGCCCGUCAUCAAGCCUCCUUACAAAAAGGACGAUUCAGAGCCACAAAAAAGAUUGUGGCACCAGGUGUGGAGAGCACCAAAAGGUGUUUCAUCGGAGCUCAUAGUCCCGCACAGUGGCCGGACUGCAACAGAGUGGUGGAGGCAGUCUUCACGAGACUCUGCGGAAUGUACCAGGGUGCUGUGCGCUGUGAAGGAGUGAGAGUGUCACGAUUCACAAUGGUGGCUCAUUCUUACAAAAACAUCAGGGAGUGCAUAAUCACCAAUUCCAGGGUGAUGAGUGAAACCACAAUUCAGCUCCCUGAAGUAAAUGCUGCCACAGUCACACAAUGGUACAGCAAGCGUUGCAGGUCACAGGAGCAGGACAUUUUGAAGCAGGGCAUCUCUGCUUCAAAUGCACCCAUGGCUGGGCCUGACAAACUUCCUGUCACCAUGCAAAAAGUGCCAGCCCUGCACUCUGGCACGUUGGCUGAGCCACACCUGUUUGUCCUUCCCCCAAACACUGCUGGGGAGGCAAAGCUUAAGGGGAGAGUGCAACCCCAAACCAUCUCCCAAGGACUGACCCUCCCUCUCAUUACACCAGCUCCACCUGUCCCCCUCCCCUUUAUACUUCCGUCUGUGCCUGGAACAUCGCAGAUGAUGUUUUUAAACCUCCAAUCACCUUCAGUCCUGUCACCACCCCCACCACCAAGUCAAGAUGUACCUUACACGACACAACAGUAUCGUAAGAGAAAGCAAGCGCAGGAUCUCACUGGGACGGUCACGAGGAAGUACGUCAAGACAGAUGUGGUCCUUUGCAGAAAGUGCACAAAAGAAAGGAAGCCACCCUCGCACCUGCAGUAUUUCGGGAAUUGGUACUGUCAAGAGACGGAGACACAGUCGUACCAUGAAUGGAGGACUGAGCUGGAGAAGCGAGGUUACGGGAAAAAGAAAAAGAGCCAAAACGACCCUCCAGCCUCUUAGUAAAUUAGGCACAACUCAGAUUUCAGAUCAAGAAAACUUUGUUUGACGGUAAAGAAGUUGACAGUCCUAACUAUGUGUCAGUUUCCCUGUGAAUAACUGCACAUAAACAUUGUUUUGUCUCAGGAGGGUUUUUAAACUGUAUUUAAAUAGAAUUGUGAUGUCCUAACUUGCAGCAUGGUUGUGGCUGAAAUACUUUCUAACAGUAAGAGUGAAUCUCCUGCAGCCAAAUAUGCUUUAAAAAAUGUUUGUUUCCAAAAGUAUUACAGAAAGUUGGAGUUAAAGAGACUUAUCAUUAUUACUGGGCAGUAUUGUAAUAUGAUGUCCAUUUUUUUUCUCUUCCUGUAAAUAGUUUUUAGUUUUGAUUUAAUAGGCCUUGUGUUAUAUUAUUAUAAUUCAUAUAUUAUUCAUAGUGUUGUAAAUAUUGCUAUUAUUAUCAAUGUUGUUGUGUAUUAGUAUUGUUAUUUUUACAUUGUUGCUUGUUGUGUAUUAUUAUUACUUUGUUGCUUUUUGCUUAGCAUUAAACAGUGUAAAAGUGUGUAUAUGUAAGUAUUAUU